UGUCAUUAUAAUCAAUCAACUGUCAAGAGUCAAAUGAUCUAAAUAUAUGCAGCAAGUGAAUAACGUGUGAAUUUUUAAAUGUAUUUAGUGGUCAUAUAUAAACAUUUUAGUAGUUCAAAUCAAUAGGACAAAAUGAUAACACCGAGAUUUAAUUUAAGCCAGCAGGAUAACUCUCUCAUCAUACGUAUCAGGGCCCCCUAUUGCAGUCUUAGAGAUUUGGAGAUCGACUGCAUUCAAAACAGUUUUCUAUUCUUCUGCAAGCCAUACUACUUGAGGUUACAACUUCCGGGAAACAUUGUAGAUAAUCAAAACACCCGCUCUUCAUUUGAUUGUGACUCAGGAUAUUUUACUUUCAUUUAUGACAAGGAAACUCCUGGAGAAUUCUUUCCAGAUCUUGAAUAUAUUACAAAGUUUUUGGUUACUAAAGUAGAUGCAAGUUAUGACGAAAACGAGACAGAGCCAAUAAUGGUUCUUAGUGGAGAAAUCACGCCAACAGAGGAGAAGAUGAUAAACGAAAAUACAAAGCAAGGUUUCGGAUUUGCAUUGAAAACUCAUAAAAAAUUUGCGACGGUCAUUUCAGAGUUUGAUGAAGUUUUCGAAGUAAAUCCUUGUGAAACAAGCUUGCUGGAAAGGCGAAAAAUGAGGCUCCAAUACGAGCAAGGAAAAUUUGAUAUGGAACACUACUUAAUGGAUCUGGAGGAUGAGGAACAUGAAAUCGGGGACAAACUUGCUCUUCCAUUACCGUGGGAACACACAAGUGAUGCUAGUUUGGUAUUUACCAGUAAGGAAUUAGAUUUUUUGAAAGAUCAAGCAAACAACCCUUAUAACCUCACUGCACUUCAGAUAAGGUAUGCUUUCAACGGACUGAUUGAUAUUUUGUAUGCAUACUGUUAUGACAAACGGACCACAGACUUUGAAGGAAACUCUGAAUCAGGCUGGACCAUAGUCAAGUUAGCAUCAACACUUAGCUGGUGCGAGGCAUUUGAGGACCCCAAAGAUGUGUUCGUUUCAGCUUUCCGAAGAACUCUAACUUAUCCUUACUACCGCAGCUUUAAACUCGCUACAAAAGUUUUCGAAGAUUUGAAAACGUUGCUGAAACAUGACGAGAAGCUCAUAAUCAAGAUUCUGAUAGAAAUUCAUGAAAUAUUUCUAUCAGGAGAUUGCUGUAGGUACAUUUUGAAUAACUUGUUCAUCAAAGAUUAUAUAAUGUAUGUUAUGAAAUGGGACAAAACGAAAUGGCGGCAGUUUUUGGAAGAAGUGUACGGUGUGGUUAUUGUGAAAGAUGAUUUGGGGCUGAAGUUAGUUGAAAAUGAGGAGAGUUUCAAGAUAGAGAAAAAAAUGAAGAGUUUACAAAUCCAGGAUCAAAGUGAAUUGCUGGAUUCUGACGAUACAGACGAAUCAGAUAGUGAUAGCAGUGACAGUGAAACAGACAGUGAUUCUGAAACAAAUAGUGACUACGAUUCAAGUACUGAUGAAGAUGCAAAGUGAUAGAUACCAACUCAAACUAUUCGAAUUCUGAGACCCUCAACAACUACCUAAAAAUUUAAAAAAUAUAUGCCUCUUCCAUAUUAUAGAUCUUAACCUAUAUUUCUAUUUAUGCUUUUUGUGAUCUGUUUUAAACAUUAGUAAUGUUUUUUCAUCUUAUAGUUACAAGUGAUUUUGUUUAUAUCUCUCCUUUUUUCGAGAACAUAAUGUUAGCCCCUCUAAUAAUUUGCUGACCUUAGCUUAUUGUCUCAAUUUUAAUUAUAGGAACAAAGUUUUUUAUUCAUUUGUUAUAUUUUAUACACAAGAUACUUAUAGAAGUAAGUAUCUUCAUGCUGAGUAAUGCUUUAAAUCAUUUUUCAUAAAUAUGAUAGUUACAUUUCAAUUUGAAAAAGUUGAAAUUACCUUCAACAAAUAAAGAAGUUGUACAAGCCUGA